AUGACCAAAGAACUGCCCCUGGUGGGCCAUAGCAUGGCGAUAUUCGCCUCUUCCGCUGUGAUGUUGGGGGUUUCUGUCGUAGCGGUCGCCAUGAGGUGCUUUGUUCGGUCUUACGUGGUUCGGGCAUUCGGAUGGGAUGAUACCCUCAUGGUGAUUGCAUUGGCUCUAUUUGUCACGUUGACCAUAUCCUGUAUGAUCGGAUCAGAUUAUGGCAUUGGUCAUAACGUUGCGGAUUUUCCGAGCUUUGAGGCAUUGAAGAGGGCGCUGUUGAUUUGGUGGCUAAACCAACAGUUUUAUAUUUUUGCAUCAGCAGUAGCUAAGGUGUCCAUAGGCGUUGCUCUGCUUCGCCUGGCGGUCAAGAGGUCUCACCGGAUCAUCGUCUGGGUAAUAAUAUCCAUUGUCGUUGCCAUUGCUCUUAUGUUUUGGCUCGUGCUACUUUUCGACUGCAAACCGGUUUCCUAUUUCUGGAAUCAGGUAGAUAUGGAACAUUCUGGGACUUGUACAUCGAUCAACACUCUACUCGCCAUUGCAUACUUUUACAGCUCUCUCACGAUAGUGUGCGAUCUGACCCUUGGUAUACUGCCGGUCUUUUUGGUUUGGGACCUGCAGAUGAAUCACAGAACGAAGAUUGCUGUUGGGGGUAUUUUAAGCUUGGGAGCUGUUGCCAGUGUUGCUGUUAUCAUUAGGAUUCCCUUCCUGCAUCACUAUGCCGAUAAGGAAUUCCUCUACUCCACUUAUCAAAUCGCUGUUUGGUCAGUGAUUGAAACAGGACUUGGGAUUACUGCUGGAAGCUUGAUGACUUUACGACCACUCUUCCGCUGGUUCCUAGACGGCAGCAUAUCCUAUGGACGAAAUGCCCGCAGUGGCCGGACAAGCUCUCGAAAAUAUCCUCCCUCGAAAUCGCACAGCCAUGAACUGAAUUCAAUCAGCAACCCCAGCUAUUGGAGACCAGAUAUUGACCCUGGUAAAGGGAUUGUGAAUACCGUGUCAUCACCAAGGUCAAACGCCUUUGACGACGACAACAGCAGUCAGGAAGCCCUUUACCCUGACCCGAGUCCGAUCAUCAAUCCAAAGGGGGUCACCGUCCAACAGACCUUUGAUCAAGUCAUUUCCGAGCGAAAAUAA